AUGACAGGGGAGCAGAAUCACCACAUGGAAUGGCAACUCCCCCAGAGCAUUCUAGAAAAUCUUCCAAUCGCUGGCAGUAAAGUAGUCAAUGUCACCCAAUACGGUAAAUCGCAUUACGGGCAAACUACACAGUUAACAGUCCAGCUUCCCUCGGGAUUGUUUGAAAGUUAUUUUUUAAAGAUCCUAAAAGGAGAACUUGGAAUGAUCACCUGUCGAGGCGAGUAUGAGUCCCUCAAGUCAAUCUCCUCGGUGUGCGCACAUACCCCAAAGCCACUAGGAUGGGGCAGGUACAAUAAGGACAAUAGUGAUUAUUCAUUUCUCCUCGCUGAGUUCUUGACUAUCCGGAAGCAGCCGGCGGAUGCGAAAGCUCUCCCUGCUGCUCUGGCAGAGCUGCAUCUGAAAUCUCAAUCACCCACGGGCAAAUUUGGGUUCCAUGUGCCCACCUGCCAUACUCGUAAUGUCCAGGCUGUCGACAUUUGGACAGAUUCAUGGUGUGAACUGUUCUCUAGUCAUCUUUCUCGCAUUAUCUCUCAUGCCGAGACUGGUUUUGCGUCGCCUGUGUUUGAUCAGCUUGGAAAGCUUGUUGUUUCAAAGGUCGUUCCUGCUCUCCUUUUACCGCUACAGGCGGAUGGGCGCUCAAUUAAACCAUGUCUUAUACACGGGGACUGCUGGGAUGGAAACACUGCAACUGGGGAAGAUGGCCGUGCUUUCUUUUUUGAUGUUGCGUCCUUCUAUGCACACAACGAAUACGAUUUGGGGAAUUGGAGAGCCCCCAGGCAUGCUCUUAGUGCUCCGGCCUAUACGGAUGCCUACAAAGCGUUGGUUCCGAUGUCUGAACCAGGUGAGUAA